AUGAUUCCUUUGCAGCGAGCGUCGUUCAUAUUUGGUGCCAGAAGUCCUUGGGUACGAGUGUCCCGGCCUCGAUCUCAACAUGCCCCGAGAAACUCCUCAAAUUCGACUGCGCGCAAAGAUUCGUCAAAUCCUCCUCCACACCCGCCAAACGAAGUGACCAUCCAAAGUGCAAAGAAUGAACCGCUCGACGUUCCUAUCCAACUGUGGUACCAUCGACUGGGCCCGGUGUCUACAUUCUUCAAUUGGUUCCAUCGCACGCAAGUGAAAAGACCAUACACUGUACAGCUAUGUACGACUCUGACGACCUAUUUGUGUGGUGAUCUGCUGGCGCAGGAUAUUGGAGGAGAACUGUAUGAUCCUACGAGAACAUUGAGAAUGUUGACGAUCGGUGCGAUAGCCGCAAUUCCUGGAUACAAAUGGUUCCUAUUCCUAGGCCAAAACUUCAAUUUCUCGUCGAAGUUCGCGUCUAUCGUUACCAAAGUCCUAGUAAAUCAAGCAGUUUUUGCGCCAGUGUUCAAUACCUACUUCUUCGGCAUGCAAGCACUCUUGACUGGAGAACCGAUAUUGGGUGUGAUUGCACGAGUCAAAGCCGCUGUGCCUGUGAGCGUCGUCAACUCACUCAAAUUGUGGCCGGCAGUCACCGCAUUCAGCUUUUGGUUUAUCAUGCCGCAGUACAGAUUCAUGUUUUCGGGCAUUUUUGCCGUCGCGUGGCAGGCAUACUUGAGCUAUCUUAAUAGGAAAGAAGAGAAAAUCGAAUUGGCUACAGACACUAUGAGCAGACCUGUCGUUCCAGAAAGCACAGUGGUAAAAUGA